AAGGAGGAGGGGGAGAGAUGGGACACGGCUGAUGCUGAUGCGAGAGCUCGUACGUGACUGUGGUCGACAUCGGCAAACGAUACAACUUAGCCCUUCAUCUUUUUAAACCCUUGAAGUCGACAAGUCUGUUUCUGCUCGACGGGUCCUUUUUUUUUUUUUUUUUUUUUUUUUUAGGUGCGGACUGAUCGCCGCGGCGUUCUGCUGGCCUUCUGGAGGGGCGGACACAGGUGGAUUGUGGCUUGCCGCAAAACGACUAGCUGUAGCCUCGAUAUCACCUUGGACGUGCGAAGAAGCGAGGACCUCCGCGGCUACACCCCCUGAAUCCACGGACAUCCACGCCGACGUUUUGGUCCUAUCCGCCGGCACUUAGAAGGGCGGACGGACGGCCUUGUUGGUGUUAGCGAGCUAAUAAGCUAAUUUGGCUAGCUAAGCUAGACGUUUAGCGUAUGCGAUGCUGGAAGGAGGAGUUUUAAAUUCUUGUUGCGGGAAUACUUUCCUUUAAACGCCAAACAGAGAGCAUUAUUACAAUUUCAGAUCAAUCUUUUUUUUUUUUUUUUUUUUCUGUUCGAACGGUUUCUUGUUGUUGUUCGCGCGCUCAUUUAGCGUGCCAGGCACCCACGACGAAUAGUCUUAAGUAAGUUAAUGUUUACACUUAUAUAUUUAUUUCAUGAAGUGGUUUAUUUUGUGUCUUUCUGACUAAACGUUAAAGUAUGUUUGUGCUGAAUGACCCAAGAGUGGACUUGCCCUGCUUCAAGUGCGCCAACUAUUUAAAUGUAGCUUAGAAGAACAACAAUGGAAUCGCUAACAUGGUUACUAGAGGCGGUUGCCAAGCAAUUAGCUAAAAAAAAAAGGCUUUACAGUGCGUGAAAAGGGAAUUGUAUUUAUAUAGCGCUUUUCUCUAGUGACUCAAAGCACUUUUACACAGUGAAACCCGAUAUCUAAGUUACAUUUAAAACAGUGUGAGCCAGCCCGAGGACACAACGGCAGUGACUGGGAUGGCGGAAGCUGGGAUCGAACCUGGAACCCUCAAGUAAAGUCUUAUUUUCCGUUCCUUUUUGAGCUGUGAAUGUACACAUAUGCUAUUUGAAAUAUGGCGUUUUGGUUGCCGGACUGGAUUUUGACGAUCACAGGGUAGCCAAACGUAAAUGGAACCUACAGUGCUGUCAAGCCCUUUGGGGCACGCACAUCAAGCGUUCCCUCUUGGAUUUCUCACCCUGAACUCAGACAAUGGAGCCGUCCUUUGUCCAAACAACACUGGUCAGACGGGUUUGCAUUUUGGAGACCAGAACCUGACCUCCCAACAAGGCAACACGGAAAAGGCCUACCAGCAAGACGCGCCGGUAGAGUUGGAUCAACUCCUAUACAUUUCCGAUUAUCCCUGUGGAGAUAUGUUUUUCGACGGGUGCCGUUCUCCUGAGUCACAAGUUCCUCCGCACAGAGGGGAGACGGAAAGAAACAAGGAACCAGAUGAAGCCAGUGACUUCAUGCUCUCGUGGCUUUUUUCUCCCAACUUCACCGAUGGGAAAAAGUUUGCAUUCGAGGAGGCCUCUCUCGGAGGCAGCGACGCCCUCAGGGGACAGACCGAGCUAAUCAUCAACAGUAGUGUGACCGUGUGUCCGCAGUCUAAAUGGAAUUCCGACACAAACCCAGGAGAGUCGCUUCUGUCCGCAGAUCAGGUUUGCGUGUCUUCAUGUGCGUCACAUGAUGUCACUGAAGCGCCGUCACUGGAGGAGCACAGGGAGACUUUGUCACCUGAAACUGCAGACGAAGGUUUAUUCCUAGAUCAAGUGACGUCUCUGCCAGUAAAGUGUAGCUCAACGCUGCAAGAGCAACCUGACAGCAGCACACCCCAGGCGUUCUUUCAGGGAUCUGGGCUUUUGAUGGAUUUAGAGGAUCCAGAUCCUGACAGUGGACUCACCCAUCAACCUGCUGGUCCUGUACAGUGGGAUCUGUCAGAAGAGUCCCAUGUGGAACAUGCUGGACUAUUCAGGACUAUAGAGCAACAAGGAGAGGGUGACUCAUCCUCUGUGAUUUUGUCACCUGGUGAUGGCUUCGUCCACGGCGACAUCCGCUACGAGAGCUUCUCUGCGGAGAGUACGCCAAAGGAUUUGAUGGGGAACAAAUGGAAAACUGAAACAAAUGAGACAACGGCGUUGGAUUUGUGCUUAACCCCCGAUGAGGGACCUUGGAACUUGAAGCCGAAAGAGGGAGUACACAAUGACACCGGUCCUGAGGCGCUCCCGGAGUUGGAAACUUCUACUGCGGAGACUGCAUGGACUAGUGAGCCAAAUGUGGACACUGUGUCCCUCUCUAAGAUGGUGGGAGAUGACUCACUGCCAAUGGUUUCAGCUGUGAACACAAGAGAGGAAGAAGCCUCGCCGCUUAAAACUGUAUUUGAUGCAUUAGACCAGGAUGGAGAUGGCUUUGUUCGCAUUGAGGAGUUUAUGGAGUUUGCUGCUGCGUAUGGGGCCGAUCAGGUAAAAGAUCUGACCAGGUUUCUUGAUCCCAGCGGCCUGGGAGUAAUCAGUUAUGAAGACUUUCACAGAGGAAUUUCAGCAAUCAGCAAUGGAGGCCCGGAGCCGCAGCUGUACAGUGCAAACUACAGUCCAGGAGACGGAGCUGUGGGCUGUCCAGAAGAAUAUGACGAGCAAAAUGAGGUGACCGACAGUGCGUACCUGGGUUCAGAGAGCACCUACAGUGAAUGUGAGACCUUCACUGAUGAGGACACCGGCGCCCUUGUGCCCCCCGAGAUGCACGAGGAUGUGGACACGGACAGCGGUAUCGAGGCGGCUCUUCAUGACCCCGAAGACGCCAUGAACAGGUUCUCCCUAAACUCGGAACUGCACAACCCCUCCCUGGUGACGGUCAUCGGCGGCGAGGAGGAGCACUUUGAAGAUUUCGGGGAGAGUAAUACCUCAGAACUGUUGCUGGAAAACAACCAGGACGGCGUGGCCGACUCCCCUCUCGCACAGACGCCACAGCAGCUCAAUGUCUCCUCUCUGCUCUCUCCCAGCGCACCCGCUCCUCUCCCUGACUGCUUUCAGAGCUUCCUCAGGGAGGAGGCGCUGGACUUUUUCUGUAGCCAAUGUCACAAACAAAUAAGUCGCCUUGAGGACCUCUCCACGCGCCUCAAUUACCUAGAGAUGACUAGUGCUGGCAAGAGGCUGUCCAGUAAGAAGGUGGCAAGGCAUCUUCUGCAGAACAGCUCAAUAACACUGGACACCGUGAGCGACUUGACCCGCGACAUUCUGGAGCUGGCCGACAAUGAUAUCACAGAUAAGAUGCUGCUGCUCGAGCGUCGCGUGGCUGAGCUGGAGAAGGAGUCUGAAGCUUCGGGGGAGCAGCACACUCGCCUGCGGCAGGAGAAUCUUCAUCUGGUACACCGUGCUAACGCCUUGGAGGAGCAGCUGAAGGAGCAGGAGCUUCUCGCGGACGAGCAGCUGCAUUACGAGACGCGGCGUCACAAGGAGGCUCUGAGCAAAAUGGAGAGGGAGAGAGGAAUGGAGGUGGAGAACUUGCAAGCCAGAACGCAGCAACUAGAUGAAGAGAAUAGUGAGCUGAGGUCCUGUGUUCCUUGUCUACGAGCCAACAUUGAGAGAUUAGAAGAGGAGAAACAGAGGCUUGAAGACGAGACGGAUGUGAUGACCACCAGGUGGAAGGACGAGAUGGAGUCCCGCCAGAAGAUGGCUGACAAGCUGAGCUAUGAACGCCAUCAGAACCAGAAAGAGAAGGAGAGCACGCAGGAGCUGAUUGAGGAUCUGCGCAAACAGCUUGAGCACUUGCAGUUAUACAAGCUGGAGGCGGAAGCAAAAAGAGGCCGCACACCCGGCGCGGGAUUGCAGGAGUACCAGACGCGCACUCGUGAGGCAGAACUGGAACAAGAGAUCAAACGACUCAAGCAGGACAACCGCAGCCUAAAGGAGCAGAAUGACGAGCUGAACGGCCAGAUCAUCAACCUGAGCAUCCAGGGAGCAAAGAGCCUCAUGUCGGCCUCAUUUUCAGACUCUUUGGCAGCUGAGAUUAACUCUGUGUCACGCUCUGAGUUGAUGGAGACUAUUCACAAACAGGAAGAGAUCAACUACAGGCUCCAGGACUACAUUGACAAAGUAAUCGUGGCCAUCAUGGAGUCCAACCCUUCCAUUCUCGAAGUCAAAUAGGCACCGCCGUGACGUCAUCAACAACAACAACGCCCCCUAAAAGAAUACCAUUUAUUUUAGUGCGCUUCAGGUUCUGGUGACUUCCAUGUUAUUGGCCAGAGGAACCCAAGCCUGCACAGCUGGAUGAAUGUGUGAAAGUUAAUCACCCCCUCCCCCGUCCACUUAAAGCGAAGGAUUAGGCAGUUCUAUACCUCGAAGGCCUUAAAAUGGGUGGUGAUCACAUGUAUCCUGCAUACUUGCAACGUGUCAGGCUGAAUGGUGUUGAAGAAGCCGUAUGAAGCACUGCUCAGUUUGUCUGGGGACAUUUUUGAAAAGGAAAAAUGCCCUGAGGGUUCUUUUUGUGUGAUGUGACUUUUUUUUUUUUUUUUUUUUUUUUUUUACAGUUCCUAUCCUAAAUUGCAUCAUCUCAUGACUAUUAUUUUACAAUGACACAGAGUCCUGGAGUCCUCACUCCAGUGUUCUCUUGCUGAGUGAAAGAAUAAUGUGUGUGUGUAUUUGCUGCACAGGUGAAACUGUCAAGACUGAAAAUAUGUUAUGUGAAGAAUCUUAUAGUUGCACUAUUUUGUUUUUAUUUGUUAAAGGGAUCAAAUUGCGAUGUAAGUUGUGGGAUUUCACGCCCGCUCAGGUGACGACCAACCUAUGAGGCAAUCAUGUACGUAGAAGGACAACUUUUGCACGUCCCGGGACAGCCUUGCGUUAAUCGACUUGGACGGCCCUUUAUUCCUUCAACCGCCAUCUGCUUUCCCCCCCACGUGUUGCACAACACUACACCGAUGCUGCACCCGGGAGGACAAACGGACAAAGGACCUCAAAGAAUGGACACUUGACGGCUUCGCUUUCUGCACAAAACUUUCACCUGCCACUCCAUGAAAUAUGGCCUUGGAUGUAAAUGACUUGUAAAGUUUUUUCUACACUCAUUCUAGAUUCUAGGUAUUUUUGUAGUCUUGAGGGGAACAACGACAAAACAUUUUCUCACCUUGACGUGAGGGAAAGAACAAGGCUGCCUACAGUAUAUUGCUCUCUAGCAUGUAGCGUGUACAGCACCGUUGUUUUCGAUUAUUCACAGGUAUUUAUUCAACGCGGUCAACGUUUUCUUUGUUUCAAGGCGAUUAUUUAAUUCACGGAUGUGCGUAUCAUCUCAAAGGCUCAAUAGCUUUGGUCUGUAUACCGCUGUCACCACUCAAGGGUCUUAUUAUAGAAGCUUCUAGAGUCGUCUUCCCGUUUGGAGUCAGGUACUGCAUGGAAACACUGAUUUUCAUUGUACAGUUCAGUCUACUGAGUGA